UUGAGUCAUGAAAUCCAGUUCUGAUAUAAAGAAAGAAUUACAUAAAUAUUUACCAAGAGGGCUACGGGGCGACUGUGCAACAUGCAACCUCCGCGCAAUGAUCAGACCACCGCGAAACGCUCAACAACGCGACGUGCCGACCGUACAUUUAACAAACCUAUAACAGACGGAAGUUAUUAAGACCACUCAAUUUUAUUUAACACAAUUUCUCAUAUUUUGUUACAUGUCCACCUGUAUUGACAAGUGAUAAAUGAUAUCGUCGAUAAGACACUCUAAAAUGUAUUCGCGUUGUGAAAUUAUUAUCUCACAACUUGGGCAUCAUUGAGUUGAGAUGAACAUUUGAAAUGCUUUAUUUUUAAAAAGUGAAAAUGGUGAAAUAUUCUAGAAAAAAAAUAUCGCUCUCUGAUUUGUGGGUGCUCUCAAAUGAGAAGUUAAGUGAUUUUUACCUCACGUCAUGGCAAAAGGGAGAGUCUCCGGUACCUAUGCUAGUCAUGAGGUUCAUGCUGGCAGCUGCGGCGGCGGGAAUCUUCGCAUGGUCUGUCUAUUCUGCAGCCAGCCCGUAUUGGCUUAUAUUUCUGACAAACUGGGGAAUGUUAUUGGUUUUUCUGAUGACACUAAGCGGGCUAACCGUAUCACUCGUCGCUACUUUUAAAAAACUUCCAGAUAUCAGCGAAGGAAACCUACCCUGGUAUGUGAGUACUUACUGGCUCACUUACAACAUCGCACUCAUCCUCUCGUUAAUGAUAACCGGACUUUACUGGAUCCUUCUUUAUAAUCCAGAACAAGAUGAAGAACGCGAUAACAGCUUCUGGCUCGAUCUAUCAACACAUGGGUUCAACUCGUGCAUAGUGUUUAGCGAAUUUCUACUUUCAAGGACACCUCUUAGAUUCGUACACAUAUAUCAACCCAUAGCUGUAGGGUUAUGGUAUUCGAUAUUUUCCGGCAUAUACUAUGCCGCCGGAGGUACAGACAGCCUUGGAAAUCCAUUUAUAUAUGAAAUAUUGGAUUGGCGACAAACACACCGAUCCUUGGCUUUGGUUGCUGCAGCUUUGGCAGCGCUAAUUGUGCUUUACGCCGUAAUGUGGGGUCUAACAAUAUGCAGAGACAAGAUUUCUGUAGCUAUCAUAAGGACCACCAGUCUAGACCUACCGUUUACACCGCCAGAUGGAAUUUCUGGUGCCGUAUAGAUUAAGAACCUGUGUUUUAGAUUUAUUUUCUGUUUAUGUAAGGUAAGGUUUUUGUUACCUGAUUGGUAAUUCCUUGUAGGUACAUAUUCCUCGCAGAAAAAAAGACUAUUUUGUGGGAAAUUAGAUAAUAGUAAUAAUUAUAUAUAAAGUUUUAUGGAUUGGUUGAGCGUAAAACACUUACGCUAUUAAUACUUAUUAAACACUACUAAUGUUUAUAAACUUUUCUCAACAAGCUGAUGUUUUUGUAACGUACUAAGCAAUACAGGUAUUGUAUAAGAGGCUGAUGUCAUAAUAAGGUAUAUAUUUUCAGUAUAUAAUUCAAUUAUGAAUAUGUAAAUAAUUCAUUACUCACUGACUACUUCUGAAAAAGUACAUAUACAGUUCCGAGUACACAUAGUUAUUAAUUAUUGCAUUCAAUUUCACUAGUUACAUCAAACCACCGAGGUGAUAAAAAUACCCAUUUACACACAUAAAACUUUAAACAUUCUCAUUAAUUAUUCUCUGUUCUCAUUAAUUAUGCUGAGUGUCAAUGAAGUUAUCAUAACGACUUGUGAAAGCAUCAACCUUCAUUCAAUUUCCUGUUAAGUACCCAAGUCUUUGGCAAAAUGAUAAGGAAACGUUUUGUGAGAAAAUUAUAAAUAUAAUUCGGGGCACAUUUAUAAAUUUUCUGGACAAUGGACAAACAUGCUGCGGCGACCAUGAUCAUAGUUUGUUGUAUAAAAAUGUUUUGAAUUAAAAUUCCACUUGAGUCACUUUGCAAUAUUUUUUUAGCUCAAUUCUUACUAAAAGUAAUCGCAAAAUCUGACUAAGUUAAGCAUCGAGACCAAUACAAAACAGUUCUGUAAUUCUUGAUCUAUACAUGUUCAGAAACUCUCUGAGAGUAUGAAUUAAAAACAUCUAAACGUAGUUUUAAUCAUUUGGUUUAUAUGUAUAAUAUUAUAUAAGUAUAAUGAAAAGUUGGUAGAGGCAUGAACAAAUUUUUUUUCAUACAUGCCAAAUUAUCUUUACGAGCGUGCAAAUUACUUGAUUUGACUGUCACUACUUAUGGAGCACUAUAAUAAUCACUAUUAUAGGCUAUAUUUUACAUUUAUGUGCGUGUCGCCAAAUCAAAAGAACUCAUUUCAUAGUGAAACUACUCAGUGUCAA